AUACCUGUGUGUUUGUAAACUUCCAAUAUGGCGGACAGCGUUGAGCAGUCUUCGGUGACUACCAAGAGGAUUUCUGCGAAAGGAGCCCGUAAGAGAUUCGUUGGAACGAAAUCUGCGUCGGGAAAACACUCUCAGGGUGUAGAUAGAGUUGGCUCUGCUGCUCACCGUCCUGUCAAUCAGAUACCAGAGGAAAUUCUCAAAGACACAAAAUUGCAAGAGGCGGUAAAACAGCUUCCUGAAAACUACAAUUUUGAGAUACACAAAACUAUAUGGAGAAUACAGCAAGUAAAGGCCAAACGAGUUGCACUUCAGUUCCCUGAGGGACUUCUACUAUUUGCUUGUACAAUAGCAGACAUUCUAGAGAGUUUUACCGGAUGUGAGACUGUCAUAAUGGGAGAUGUGACAUAUGGUGCAUGCUGUGUGGAUGAUUACUCCGCCCGUGCGCUAGGGUGUGACCUCCUGGUUCAUUAUGGGCACAGUUGCCUAGUCCCUAUAGAUGCGACUGCAGGGAUUAAAAUGCUUUAUGUUUUUGUGGAUAUCAAGAUUGAUACAGCACACUUUGUUGAGAGUGUGCGGUUUAAUCUUGGUGCAGGAUCCUGCCUCGCCCUUGUUAGCACCAUACAGUUUGUGGCGGCUCUCCAGGCAGCAUCAAAUGAACUCUCUAAAGACUACCAGGUAGAAAUACCUCAGUGCAAACCCCUAUCCCCUGGUGAGAUCCUGGGAUGCACCGCCCCAAUGCUCAAAGACAAGGAUGCUGUCAUCUACCUUGGUGAUGGCAGGUUUCAUUUGGAGGCAGUGAUGAUUGCCAAUCCUGCUAUCCAAGCUUACAGAUAUGACCCAUAUGACAAAACCUUCAGCAAAGAGUACUAUGACAUUGACAAAAUGCAUGAAGCCAGACAAACAGCAAUAAAGCAGGCGUCACUAGCGAGUAAAUACGGCCUGAUACUAGGCACUCUUGGGAGACAAGGGAGUCCUAAAGUUUUACAGACUCUGGAGAAGCAACUUCAAUCACUCAACAUGGACUACAUAAUUGUGUUGUUAUCUGAGGUUUUCCCUGACAAACUCAAGCUCUUCAAAGAUGUUGAUGCAUGGGUACAAGUUGCAUGUCCAAGAUUAUCAAUAGACUGGGGAACAGCUUUUCCCAAGCCCCUACUGUCACCAUAUGAGGCAUCAGUUGCAUUACAGUCAGUUGCCUGGCAACAAAGUUACCCCAUGGAUUUCUAUGCAUAUUCAAGCUUAGGGGGCUGGACUCCUAACAAUGAGAGUAAUCGACCUACUCCUGCCAACCGUAGGAAGAAAAAUCUUCACACAGAAGUAAUAAUAGAUAAUGUUAGUGACAGCAAACCUGUCAUCAAGGAGAGUGAGUGUGGUUCUGGGGAAACCUGUUGUGGAAAAUGUACCAAGGAAACAGACAAGCAUAGUAGCACACCAUAGGACCCAGAGAAGUGAUUUUAAUUAUAUUAUUCAAUUGUACCCAUCACUUUCAAGUGCUUCCUUGAAAUCUCUUACACCCACAAUAAUCUCAUAAAAAUGGCUUAAAAAUAACAGAAAAAUCACGAGCAACUUGGGCAGCCUGUGGAAUAAUGGACAAUAUCCCUUCUUCACAUAUACCAAUUUCAAAUAAGGUUGUCAUUGCAACUAGCGAAUGGCAAUUGCCUGAACUGGCAGUUCCAAGAUCAAUGGGUGUUUAUGGGUAGUAAUAAUUUGUAAUAACGAAGGGUGUAAAUAAACUCAAGCAAAAGCA